ACACCAGUUACUGCUUCUGACCAGAUCAGGCAAACAGUGAAGAACUUUAGUUACUGCGAAAGAUGAGAGGUUUACUGUUACUGUUUAGCACUCUGUUACUACUGGAGUCAACAGUGGGAGACAAAGAAUAUCAUCAGCUAAGCCAAUAUGAGACAGAUAUUAUUGACAGAGCAAUAGAAGAAGCCAAUGACAGAUAUGGAAGAACCAAACAUCUUGAUUUUGCCUCCAUUAUAAGUGCAAAUUAUGACAAGCGCAUGCUUAAUGUGUUAUUAAAACCCACCUCAUGUAAGAAGACAGAAGUGUUUGUCCAUCGGAAAGACUGUAAAAUCCAAGAUGAGGCUAGACCUAGAGUUUCUUGUGUUGCUUGUCAUGGAAAAAUGUCCUGUUUGCCUCUCAGAGAAAAAACAAAGAUUAAACAAACAAUACUCGAAUGUUUGCAUCAUCGUCAUCAUUAUAUUGGGAUAAACCAUCCGUCGGCAUUGUCACCUGAAUGUCUGGAAUGUGCCUGAGAUAUAAAAAUGCAACUGGCCAAAUGAAUUAAAAAACAAAACUACUAAUGAAAUGUAUCCUGUAAACUUGGCCUCUCAGGCCAAGUUUCUAUAACUAGAAUAUAAUUAUGAAGAUGUGUAUUUUAAUUAUAAAGAUGUGUAUUAAUGUGUAUUGUUGCUCAACUAGCAGUUUUCUCAAGAUGUUUCAAUGUAAUUAUGUAAUUUUGAGAGAAAUAUGGAAAAUAAUGUAGCCUUAAUUAGUAUGUCCUUGUGUCGAAUAACAUAUGUCAAAUUCAUAAUUGUUUAAAAAAGUUGAAAAAUGUCUAAAUAUUCUUCAUAGCAAACAUUGUAAAAUUGCCCCCAUGAAUAAAAUCUUGAUCUUUAGACAAUUUAUUGGCACUGGAAGAGGUCCAAGGUAAUCUAGAAGAGUUAUUUAGUUAUUUUGAUUGUUUUCAUUAGUGUUUUAAAUUUAUGUAGAUAAAUAGUUACAAAUUAUAUUAAGGGACCUGAAGGUCAAAUGCUAACUGUUGGCUUUGUUAAGAAAUUUAAUUAAUCAUAACUAACAUUCUUUUUUCUUUCAGGAUUAACAUUUAUAUGCUUUUGAAAACUAAAUGUCCCCAACACUUGGGCCAAAAUGUGUCUAAAUAUAACAAAAGGGGAAACUAAACUAGACAGCUGUCUAAAUACAUAACCUCAUGACUUUAGUAAAAAGCUGAAAUAAUCAAGAAAUCCAGAUUUGCUUUUACCUAGUAAUAGAUAAUUAUACAAAUGAAGAACAAAUCAUAUUGAAUAAAAAUUAUGAAAUGAAUCAUGUCACCUUUUUCAUGCUUCUAUUCUAUAAAAACUGUUGUACACUUUUUGUCAAGCAGAAUUCUCUUAAAUUGGUCCGAGAUCUUUCCGGAUAUGAUUAAAGCAUAUUCGAAGAGGCA